AUGCAAAGUCCCAUUCCAGUCUCGUCGUUACCGACGACGGGACGAUUGUUCCUCUUACUAGGAGCCACAGCAGCCAUUGUGUCUGCGUCACCUGUUCCCCGAAAUGCCGUCAACGAGUUGGGAUUUUCCUAUCUCUUCCAACGGGACUGCGCAAUUUCUUGCGGAUCUGAUAAACAGUUUUGCUGCAGCUCCAACGAGGUCUGCACCACACUCGCUGGCAAUGUAGCUACAUGUACAGCCGCUGGUGGCUCGUACGGCGGAUACACCACAACGUGGACUGAGACGAGGACUUUCACGAGCACAGUCAUGACACAUUGGAAUCCCGCGCCCGCUCCAACACCGGGCGUUGACUGCAAACCUCAGAGUCCCGACCAGGAAGCUUGUGGAUCGAUUUGCUGUGCCGGAUGGCAAACUUGCGCCUUCAAGGGCCAGUGCUCAUCACGACCCGGCUACCAAGAACCAAGCACCGUCGUCAUCACGUCCAAUGGCGUGGUCACCACUCGAUACUCUGCUCCAUACCGCGUCACUGGCACCACAACCGUCGUGGGCAGCGGUGCCCGAACCGAUCAGCCCUCCAAUACUGCCACAACCACCACCAGCUCUGCGAGUUCAACCUCUACUAGUGACGGAGAAAACAUUGGAGCGGAUGGAAGCAACAAGGGCGGAACUGGAGGCGGCUUGAGCGGCGGUGCCAUUGCCGGUAUUGUUAUUGGCACGCUGGCUGGUGUUGCUCUACUCAUGCUCCUCUGUUUCUGCUGCAUCGCCCGUGGCAUCUGGAACGCCAUCUUUGGCAGGAAAAAGGAGAGGACUGAAAAGGUGUACAUUGAUGAAGAAGUCAAAGUCUCUCGCCAUGGCAGCCGCGCACCCUCCGCUUAUUCCCGCCGAGACCGACAUUCUGGAUGGGUGGGUGGUCGGCCCACGUCUGUCAGUGACCGCCGCGAGAAGAAGUCCGGUGGAAAAUGGUGGUUGGGCCUUGCCGGUGCGGCUGCUACGAUGCUGGCUCUGCUCAACUUUAGGAAAAAGGAUAAGCCAGCUCGACGGCCGCAAUCCUCACGGUAUACGGAUUCGUCCUAUACAUAUUCUGACGCAACCUACAUGAGUCCUAUUCAAGUUCAGGAGGACGAACCCAUCGGACUGGUAGAACUCAACGCAGUCACCGGAGUCACCGCACUCACCACUCACGAGAUAGUCGUGGCGGGGCUUCGUAUUAUUCCCGUGCACCUUCGCGCAUGCCAUAGAGUGGCUGCUCGACUCAGCCGCAUUCCGUGCACAUAUCCCCGUACAUUUCACAUUUGA